CCCCUCGGAGCUGCAAGGACCAGCUACGAUUUGCCGGAGGAGACCUAGCCGAUUCAUUGGGAUGCGCGCGGGCACGCACGGGGGCGUUGCCUUCCAUUCACUCGGCGCUUGGGACAGCCAGCGCGCAUGCGUCGUAAGACGGCGCCGGGUACCGAGAGUACCCCUGCGAAGCGCAAAGCGCACUUUGGGCGGCUCCCGCCGGCUAGCUGGGCAGUGGCGCGCGCGGGCGCGCGCGCGGGGCACAGGCGUGGCUUUCUUAAUCAGGUGGGCUCGGAUUGGACGACGUAAGCACAAGGACGCCAUGGCCGAGCCCCUGAAGGAGGAUGACAGCGAGGACGGCUCUGGAGAGCCUCCCGGGCCGGUGAAGGCGGAACCCGCCAACACCGCUGCCUCUGUAGCGGCCAAGAACCUAGCCCUGCUCAAAGCCCGUUCCUUCGAUGUGACCUUUGAGGUGGGGGACGAGUAUGAGAUCAUCGAGACCAUAGGCAACGGGGCCUACGGGGUCGUGUCCUCUGCACGUCGCCGUCUCACUGGCCAGCAGGUGGCCAUUAAGAAGAUCCCUAAUGCUUUUGAUGUGGUGACCAAUGCCAAGCGGACCCUCAGGGAGUUGAAGAUCCUCAAACACUUCAAGCAUGACAACAUCAUCGCCAUCAAGGACAUCCUGAGGCCCACUGUGCCCUAUGGCGAGUUCAAAUCAGUCUAUGUGGUCCUGGACCUGAUGGAGAGCGACCUGCACCAGAUCAUCCAUUCCUCGCAGCCACUCACGCUGGAGCACGUGCGCUACUUUCUGUACCAGCUGCUGCGGGGCCUCAAGUACAUGCACUCAGCUCAGGUCAUCCACCGUGACCUCAAGCCCUCUAACCUGCUGGUGAAUGAGAACUGUGAGCUUAAGAUCGGUGACUUUGGCAUGGCACGUGGCCUGUGCACCUCGCCUGCUGAGCACCAGUACUUCAUGACCGAAUAUGUGGCCACACGCUGGUACCGUGCCCCUGAGCUCAUGCUCUCACUGCAUGAGUACACACAGGCUAUUGACCUGUGGUCUGUGGGCUGCAUCUUUGGUGAGAUGCUGGCCAGGCGCCAGCUCUUCCCAGGCAAAAACUACGUGCACCAGCUGCAGCUGAUCAUGAUGGUGCUGGGCACCCCAUCACCAGCAGUGAUUCAAGCUGUAGGGGCUGAAAGGGUGAGGGCGUAUAUCCAGAGCCUGCCACCACGCCAGCCUGUGCCCUGGGAGACAGUGUACCCAGGUGCUGACCGUCAGGCCCUCUCACUGCUAGGGCGUAUGCUGCGUUUUGAGCCCAGUUCCCGCAUCUCAGCAGCUGCCGCCCUUCGCCACCCCUUCUUGGCCAAGUACCAUGACCCUGAUGAUGAGCCUGACUGUGCUCCACCCUUUGACUUUGCCUUUGACCGUGAAGCCCUCACCCGGGAGCGGAUUAAGGAGGCCAUUGUGGCCGAGAUUGAGGACUUCCAUGUGCGGCGUGAGGGCAUCCGCCAGCAGAUACGCUUCCAGCCUUCCCUGCAGCCUGUGGCUAGUGAGCCUAGCUGCCCCGACAUUGAAAUGCCCAGUCCCUGGGCUCCCAGUGGGGACUGUGCCAUGGAGUCACCUCCGCCAGCCCCACUGCCAUGUCCUGGCCCUGUACCUGACACCAUUGAUCUGACCCUGCAGCCACCACCCCCACCGGCCAGUGAAGCAGCCCCUCCAAAGAGGGAAGGUGCCAUCUCAGACAACACCAAGGCGGCCCUCAAAGCUGCCCUGCUCAAGUCCUUGCGGAGCCGGCUCAGAGAUGGCCCCAGCGCCCCGCUGGAAGCACCUGAGCCUCGGAAGCCCGUGACAGCCCAGGAGCGCCAGCGGGAGCGGGAGGAGAAGCGGCGGCGGCGGCAGGAACGAGCCAAGGAGCGGGAGAAGCGGCGGCAGGAGCGGGAGCGCAAAGAGCGGGGGGCUGGGGCCUCUGGGAUCGCCUCUACUGAUCCUCUGGCUGGGCUGGUGCUCAGUGACAAUGAUCGCAGCCUGCUGGAGCGCUGGACCCGCAUGGCCCGGCCCCCAGCCCCCACCCCAGCCCCAGCCCCGGCACCAGCCCACACCCCAGUACCAACACCCCCUCCAGCCCAGCCCACCAGUCCUCCAGCUGGCCCAGUAGCCCAGCCCACUGGCCUCCCACUACAGCCUGCAGGCUCCACCCCUGGCCCUGCUCCACAGCCUGCUUGUCCACACCCUGGUUCUGCUCCCCACCCUGCCGGCCCUCCUGGGCCACUCCCUGGCCCUGCUCCACUCCAAACUACCACCUCUUCCAGCCUCCUGGCCCCUCAGUCGAUUGUGGCACCACCUGGGCUGCCUGACCCCAGCACCCAGGGUUUUUUGCCUUACUUCUCAUCUGGCCUACGCCCUUCAGAUCUCAGGGGGCCCCCUCAGCCCUCCACCUCAGAGUCACCCGAUGUCAACCUGGUGACCCAGCAGCUGUCCAAGUCUCAGGUGGAGGAUCCCUUGCCCCCCGUGUUCUCAGGCACUCCAAAAGGCAGUGGGGCUGGCUAUGGUGUUGGCUUUGACCUGGAGGAAUUCUUAAACCAGUCUUUCGAUAUGGGCGUGGCUGAUGGGCCACAGGAUAGCCAGGCAGACUCAGCCUCGCUCUCAGCCUCCUUUCUUGCUGACUGGCUCGAGGGCCACGGCAUGAACCCUGCGGACAUUGAGUCCCUGCAACGUGAGAUCCAGAUGGAUUCCCCAAUGCUGCUGGCUGACCUGCCUGAACUCCAGGAGCCCUGAGGCCCACAGCCUGUGCCUUGCCAGGGGCAGACCCAGCUCCACAGCCUACACGAGCGUUCCCAAGGGCUGGAGCCUUGGGCCCAGCAGGGGACGCUCAGCUUGGAUGACUGCAGGUUCAUCUCAGACUCACCCUUCAGCCUUAAGUUGCCACCUGAGCCACCACCAAGCCAUGGCAGGUUCGGAAAAUCCCUACUCCCCAAGUGAUCCUUGUAUUGUACUUAUUAUUACAUAAUUUUAUUAUUAAUUGGUCUUUCUGCCAUCAAAAUGAGGUCUGUGAAAUAUCACAUCCCCUAUAGCACCU